AUGGCGGUGUUGUCCGGGGAGAUCCAGGACUCAAGCAUGACCCAUUCCUGGCCACCUGCACUGUCCUCCCUGCAUCUCCCUGGCAGCGGGGAUAUCCACCGGACCUCCUACACCACAAAGGUGGCGAUGCUGGCAGAUGACCUGAAGCUAAGCAGUGAUGAAGAGGAGGGCACCAAGGACCUUCAGCAGUCCACUUCCUGGCGCAGUACUGACAGCCGUGGGGGGAAGCAGCAGCAGCGCGCACAUGGCAGGCAGGCGAGACAUUCCAGCAGCAGCUCCUCCAGCUCCGGCUCCUCCAGCGACUCGGACAGCAGCAGCCCGCGCUCGCGAAGCUCCAGCCGAGAGACACACUCCGAGCCCGGGACUCCCACGAGUGCUCAGCCCCCAGGCUGCUCUACUGAGGGGACAGAGCAGCCGUCCUCAACGCAGUGGCAGCUGGACAAGUGGCUGAGGAAGGUCAGGAAGAAACAGUCCUCUAGCGACCAGGAGACGAGCAGGCAUGCACUGAGCAUCAAGAAAGCUUCUCCCUCCAGCUCAGACUCGGACAACAGCCAGACUCCAGCGGGGUCCUGGCGAGGAGACCACAGCCCAGAGCAGACCGAGGUCCACAGCCCCUGUGACAGCCCUGUUCCCAGCCCCGGCCUAAACUGCAGCCCCAGUAUUAGCCCAAGGCCUAGCCCUUUCCCCAACUCACCCAUCUGCAGUCCAAGCCCUGUUCCUAGUUCCAGCCCUGUCCCCAGUCCCAUACAUUGUACUGAGCCAGGGCUCUACCCUUGCCAUAGCCCUAUUCACAGUCCUCCUGCUUUGAUUAGCCCUACAACCAGCCCCACUCACAGGCUCAAAGCUAAACCCUGGGACACAGGAGUCCGGAACACCAAGGCCAGCCACAGGUCCAGUCCCAGUCCCACUUCGAGUCCCAGUCCUAGACGGAAUUCUCGGCAUACCUCAGGACAAAGCCCCAGACCCAGAGCAAAGCUCUGGCCCUCACCACAGAUCAAGAACGAGUGCCUCCGCAGGCCUAGCCCCAGCUCCAGUCCUGGGCCCCAUUCUCGGCCUAGAUUGAGAUCCAGCCCCACACUCAGAUCCAGAUCCAAGCCCCAGCCUGCCACAGUCCUCAGCUCUGGGUCCAGGCACAGAUCCAGCUCCAGCCCCAGGCCUCGCCCUCAGCCUAGUUUUAGGUCGAGCUGUAGCCCUAGCCCUAGCCCUAGCCCUACACCCAGAGCCAAGCCCCAGCCUACCACAAUCCUCAGCUCUGGAUCCAGCCACAGAUCCAGUUCCAGCCCCAGGCCUUGCCCUCGGCCUAGUUUUAGGCCGAGCCGCAGCCCUAGCCCUAGCCCUACACAUAGAGCCAAGCCCAGGAGUGCCCCAGCGCCCAAACCCGAGCCACAGCAGCGGAAGCCAUUGUCACAGGAGAAGGACCGUGAGUCAGACGGCCGCAGGUGGGCUCCGGUUGCUGAAAGGCAGGUAAGCAGGAGAGCAGCAAAGGAGGUGAAACUGAGGCACCGCUGGAAAAGGGGAUCUGAGGAAGAGGAGGUGGAGAGGAAGCAGGAGGGAGGGAGAGAGAAGGGGCAGUGGAAGAAGAGGCCACGGGGGCCCGAGUCACUGGCUGUGCAGCCCAAACAGAGACCACACACCAACAGCCAGAGGCAUCAGCAGGAGAGUGGGAUCACUGUGCACAAGAAACAGAGGAAAGAGAGGAAGACUAGGGAGGCUCAAACCGUCAUCACAGGCACCAAGCCCCGUCGUUCCCCUUCUCCGUCCCCAACACCUGUUGUCCCUCUCACAGACUCCUCCUCUUCCUCGGACUCCGACCAGGAGGCUAGCCCGCCCCUGACAGUCGCCAAGGUACCAGCUGACUCCACAUCCAGCCAACGGCCCACUCCCAGGAGGCAGCAGAACGGGCCGGCACGGUCCCUGGCAGCUUGUCCAGGCCCGGUCCAGCCCAGCAGGAAGACUGCUGAGACCCCAGGAGGAGAGCGAGGCGGGCAAGAGCAGCAGAAACUCUAUACCCUGGUCCCAUUUGGCCGCAAUGAGCACCACCCUGACCUUUCAAAUUCGCCCUCCUCCCAACACUCUCGCUCGCAGGGCCUCAGGACCCUCCUGGUGAGGAUAGACCUCACCCUCCUGACGAGGGUGCCCGGCACCACCACCAGCCUUCCACGAGAUUGCUCCUCUACCUCCUCUUCAUCCUGUUCUUCAUCGAGGAAGGCCCAGCAUACAGCUGCUAUGAGGCACCUGUGCCCGUUUGAUUCGGACCUUGGUGAUAACAAGAAGCGCAAGUGUGAGAACGGAGGUCUGCACAGAGACAGCAAGAGGCCCCACCCUCACCCCGCUCCUUCUUCAGGUCGGGUCGCUAUCACUGAGAGGGCUCCGCUGGAGGCCUACCCUGAGGUCCAACUCAAUGGCUACCAGGAGGGACACCCCAGCAGCAAGAGGAGGCCCCUGUCACCCCUGUCCCCUCUGUCAGACACCUUGGAGCCCCCCGAGAGCAGGGUGACCCCCCUCCCCUCCAGCAAGAUGAGCUGCAAGCUGGAAAAAUUGCACCACGCUGAAUACUACCUGCAUGAAGCCAAGACCAUGAAGCACCGUGCGGAUGCCAUGGUGGAUAAGUUUGGGAAGGCAGUGAACUAUGUUGAUGCUGCUCUGUCCUUCAUGGAGUGUGGGAAGGCCAUGGAGGAGGGGCCACUGGAGGCCAAGUCUCCAUACACCAUGUAUGCUGAAACUGUGGAGCUGAUCAGGUAUGCCAUGAGGCUAAAGAGUCACUCAGGACCCGGAGCCAGCCCAGAGGACAAGCAGCUAGCUGUGCUGUGUUUCCGAUGCCUGGCCCUUCUAUACUGGCGGAUGUUCAGACUGAAGAAGGACCAUGCCAUUAAGUACUCAAAAGCUCUUCUCGACUACUUCAAGAGCUCGCCCAAAGCCUCACACCCAUCAGCUUCUUGGAGUGCCAGUGCAAAGAACACAGGGUCCCAGUCCUCGAUGUCUCCCUCACCCUCCUCUGUUGGCUCGCAGGGGUCCCACGGUGGAAGCUCUGGCUCUCCCUUCAUCAGCAUUCCCCAGCGCAUCCACCAGAUGGCAGCAAAUCACCUAAACAUCACCAACAGUGUGCUGUACAGCUAUGAAUACUGGGAGGUGGCCGACAGCCUGGCUAAAGAGAACAAAGAAUUCUUUAAUUACCUGAACAACCUGAUGGGACCCCUCACCCUCCACAGCAGUAUGGCUCAUAUUGUACAGUACACCAGACAGGGCCUGCAGUGGAUUCGGAUCAGUGCUAACUUGUCUUAG